UCAAAAUGGUAGACUUAGGAAAGAUGAAAAGAGAUGUAAAGCCGCCAUGUUUUCAUGUAAACUGACAAAAUACAAAACUUUUACGGAGUAGUUACACCAAUGGAUCGUAAAGUAGCUUUAACAAGCAAGAACUCUAAUGUAGACAGGCAAGGUUGCGAGAAAAAGAUUAAAAGUGGUCCCAACGUGAAUGUAGUGGAAAGUAAGACAGCGCGCAAAAAUCAUUUGAAGAUCACAACAUUUAUCAUGGAGGCUGGCCAAAGAUUAAAGCUCCCGCCAGGCACUUGUGCUUCUGCUUGUGUUCUAUAUCAUCGUCUGUACAAGCAGUAUUUUCAGAGUGAAUAUGAUCCAAAUCUUGUUGCCACUGCUGCUUUGUAUUUAGCAUCCAAAACUGAGGAAUCUCCUUGCAAGUUACGAGAUGUGAUAAAUGUAUCUUACAGGUUAUUACACAGAGAUAAACCACCAUUGGAGGUAGGGUCUCUGUAUUGGGAACUUCACGACAGUGUGGCUAAUUGUGAGCUGAUGAUUUUACGAGCUCUUCAGUUUCAAGUCAGUUUUGACAGUCCACACAAGUAUCUUCUCCAUUACCUGAACUCACUUGAAGACUGGCUAGACAAGGAAUGUACUAUCACCAGUUCUUUAAGUCAACUUAGCUGGAGUAUUUUGCAAGAUAGUUUCCACACUACAUUAUGUUUGGAAUACAGUCCAGCUGUUAUUGCAAUAGCGAUGAUCUACUUUUCUCUAACAUGCCUUGGGAUUGAUGUUCCAUCACAGGGUGCAAGACAUUCCUGGUGGAAGGCCUUGUGUCCAAGAAGCACAGAAGACGAAAUACAAGCUAUAAUACUCCAUAUGAUUGACUUCUAUUCAUUGGAAAACGUAGUUAGCGAUUGAAAAUUUGAACAUACUAAUUCUUUAGACCGUUUACUCAUGCCCAAUUACCCCAGUUCCACGGAAGGAAAAAGAAACUUGGUAAAGAACUCCGUCUGCGCUGUCAAAGUGUGAGACCAUAAUGUAGAUAAUAUUGUUUUUCGCUAUAAGAUGUAUAAA